GCCAUUGCGUCUAUGAAACGCGGUGAAAUGGUCGUCGUCGUUGACGAUAUGGAUCGGGAAAACGAGGGCGAUUUCAUCAUGGCGGCGGAUCAGUGCACGGAACUAGACAUGGCACGGAUUGUACGCUACUCCUCGGGCGUCGUGUGCAUCGCCAUGGAAGGCUCACGACUGGAAGAACUAAAGUUACCGCCCAUGGUAACAAACAACCAAGAUCCCAAAGGCACGGCCUUUUCCGUAACGGUGGAUGCGACCAAAAAGCACGGUAUCACCACCGGCAUUAGUGCGUCGGAUCGGGCCACGACCAUCAAUCUAUUGGCGAAUCCCUCCACGGCGGCGAUCGAUUUUCAUCGACCCGGACACAUUUUUCCGUUGCGGGCGCAAGAAGGUGGCGUGUUGGCGCGGGACGGACACACCGAGGCCGCGGUAGACCUAUCGCGACUAGCGGGACGGAGUCCGGCGGGGGUUCUUUGUGAAAUUGUCUCGGAAGACAAUCCGACGGAAAUGAUGCGACUACCGGAAAUUAGACGUUUUUGUAAGCGCCACGGGUUCGUGCUGACCAGUAUUGUGGACAUAGCACAGUAC